AUACAAUGACCAUAUUUGUACAUGUUUGUGAUGUCACAUGAACAUGGAAUGCGUCUUUGUUUUAAGGACCGAAUAGAAAGGCCGUCCACAUUACGCUCUGCAGUCUCGUGAGGGAGGCUCUUGGACUCUGUUUUUCUCUGAGGUUCAGUGUUGUGCCAAAUGACAUCACCCACAUGAACAUCUGUUGUUUACACUGAACUGAAUUUCUUACAUAUGCACUCACUACGAUAUCGAUCACUUUCCUUUGGAAGAAGCAAAAGUAGCACAUCCUGCAGACCACUUCUCGGUAUUAAUGAAGAUGUUCCUCCUGUUCUUCGUCCUCUGCCUAAUGUCUUCUACUGGCUACAGUCAGCUUCCAGGACCUCCUGGUCCUAAAGGUGACCCAGGACAUGAUGGCAUAGCUGGGCCACCUGGGCCGCCUGGGACAGAUGGGAAACCUGGGCCACGGGGGAGCCCUGGUUUUCCUGGAGUAAAAGGAGAGAUGGGACCUCCUGGACAGCCUGGACCUGCUUUACAUCGUGAGCAAGGUAUCUCUGGUCAGGAACUUGAAACCUUAAAGAACAGCCUCGCUAAGUUAGAGAUGGUCGUGAACUACGACUUUGUCCGUAGAGUUGGUCAGAAAUACUUUGUGUCCUACAAGAAGAGAGAGUCUUUCUCCAGGGCCGUCGAGUUCUGCUCCCAACGAGGCUUAGAGCUGGCUUUGCCCCAGAACGAGGAGGAGAACAACAUACUCUCUCAGUUCUUUGGGGACGUUUACAAAACAGCCUGGAUCAACGUCAACACUAACAAAGCUGAAGGGAAUUUUGAGGCUGAUAUGAAAAACCGACCUCUGACCUUUACCAAAUGGGGAGAAGGGCAGCCAGACAAAUCCAUCCAGUAUACGGGCUGCACCAUGCUGUCAGAAAACGCCUUCUGGAGAGUGACACAGGAAUGUUUCCUGAAUGCUUACAUCAUUUGUCAGAUGUAGAAAGUUGUUGCCUUGUAAGUCAUGUUUUAAAUGUUGCUUGAAAAUGAUGACCUCAUUUUAUCCUCAUUUUGGUGUUGAUCUUAUGGAAACUUCCUCAAGGUCCGGGUUUAGGAAUAACUCGAUGUAAUAGUUUCCCACCAACAUCCUUGUGAUAUGUAUCUUAAUCCCUGCUUAAACAUCUUGAUUGCAUCAGCAAUGUGGUAUGAUUACUCUUAUGCAAACAAAUUCCUCUACUACAAAGAAUUUUAGCAAAUGAGUACACAAACGUUUUUCACGGCUGUGUAAUAACUUUUCAAAUGGGGUGUGUUAAAACAAGCAUGUAUGAUGCAAUAAAGCAUACAGCAGUGA